AUGUCACAGAUUUCUUUCUCGAACGAAGUAGCUAUGUUACGCUUCGAAAAGGGCUGGCUUUUGCUGAUCCCACUCACACUUGCUUUGUCGACGAUUCAUUGCCAGAUAUUUGAGGGCGACAUUGAAACAGAACUGAAAGAGUGCGUCCAGCUGAAUCAGAAUAAAACUAGCGACCGCAGCGCUGUGUACGCUUCGACUGAAGACAUAUAUACCCACUGUCUACAGCUAUUCCUAUGGAAAUCAGAAAUUGUUCAGUGGAAAGGUUUCAACAUCACAGAAAAAGACAGAGAUUUUAUCAAUUCUCUCAUAGGAUCGUUCGUUCGAAGUGGUCGGACAAAGAGGCAGACGAACCAAGCGUAUCCACAGACAGGUUUUAGAAUUCGGCGAGAAUACAGAAUGCUUUCUGUUGAGGAACGAACUGCCUUCCAUUCUGCUAUUAAUCAAAUGAAAAUGACAGGACAGUACGACGUUUUUGCUAAUCUACACCAAGGUGCGAUUUUAAACUUAAUACAUGGUGGACCGAACUUCUUUGGCUGGCACAGGGUCUAUAUUGCCUUGAUGGAAGAAGCAUUACGUCGUAUUGAUCCCAGUUUAUCAUUGCCAUAUUGGGAUUCAACGCUUGACUUUGACAUGGUGAAUCCGGAUAAUUCAAUAAUCUGGUCAUCACAGUUUCUUGGAAAUGGCGGCGGAGUAGUCGCAACUGGACCUUUCGCCAAUUGGGCCACCCCGAUUGGUCAGUUAACACGAAAUAUAUCUCGUGCAGGCAUUCUCUUUCGGAAAGAGGAUAUUAGUGCAAUAAUGACUCGUUGUAGAAUAAGUGAUAUAUCAGAACCAACUGCGCUGGAUCAGUUUAACCUGGAGCUUGCCCAUGGUGGGCCGCACAUAUGGGUAGGUGGCCAAAUGUCCGGUUUAAAUACAGCAGCACAUGACCCAGCGUUCUUUCUUCAUCAUGCUUUCAUAGAUUAUAUUUGGGACAUGUUCCGUUGGAAUCAAAUUCAGGUUUGUGGAAUUAAUCCUUUGACAGAUUAUCAGACAACACUGGGCGUCCGUGCAGCGCAACCAAUGGCUGCUUUCCCUGCAUAUAGGAAUAUCGUUGGAUAUAGUUUCGAUUGGAGUAAUCACUGGUACGCAUACGAACGUUCGCCUACCUGUUCUUGGUCGAGGCCAUUUUGUGGGACUCCAUAUUUACGUUGUGACAUUACAAGACAACGCUGUGUGUCGGUUGAACGGACUGAAGAGGAAUUUCCAACACGAAGGACUGGCACACCAACAUUACGUAUUGGCCCUCGCUUUAGGUCACCGCCUACCGACCCAAGAAUUCUGAAUGCUCGGAAAAAAUAG